AAGAAGAAAGUAUGUUUCAGAAAAGGAAACAUUUGCCGUGUAAACUGCCAGUUCCAAGUUCAAAUAAAGUAAAAGACAUCCCUUUGUAGUGCCUCACAAAUGAUAAAUGGUUUUGCUGUAAAGUUACACAUUUCAACAAGGAUAAACAAAUUAGUGUAUUGUUUUGUCGGAGGCUGACCUUAAGUAAAUAGGUUCACUUUUUUUCCGUUAUUCAAAUAUAAAUGAUUUUCUGUCAAAGACCAGCAAGUAAAGGUGGGAUGGAUCAUGUCACUUGGAGUUAUUAUGCAUUAUCUGUUUUAUGGAUGCUAAUCUGGUUACCUGAAUGUAAUGCUGGAAACCAUACAGAGUAUAAUCAUCCAGAUGUCGAAGCUGAACGAAACCAUGCGAGAAUUAUGGGAGUCUGUGUGGGUGUAGGCCUAGCUAUGAUGUUUCUUGUCAUGUUGUGUAUAAGUUAUAACUAUUAUAAACAUAAAACUGUGCCAAUUGUAGAAGAAACGGUCGUAGAAGCGGAGCUACCAAAGAAAAAAGUUUUUGCAUCAAACGAUCGGAUCAUGCAAAUACAGAAAAAAGAAGAAAACAUUACACAAGAUACACGUUUUUAGUCUUAUUUUUUUUUGUUGCGCCAAUAAUGCUGUGCAUUGUUCUGUAAAUUGCUAUAUGAUGUUUGUUUCAAUUUUUUAUUUGUAUUAAACAUGAGAUAUAUA